CCUUCAUCGUCUCUGCCAUAUCCGUCCUCUCCCUCCGAUCAUCGGAACCCUAACCCUAAAAUCUUGUCUUCUUUCCAUCGGGAGUGUCAAGAUUCGAGGUCUUUUGCUUUCCAUUCGAGUGAGAGGAGAUCGUUGUUCGCGGCGCUGGCCAUGGCCCUCUCGGCCUCGGACGUGCAGACGUUGUACUCGAUGCUUCUGAGCUCGCUCAGCCCCGAAGUGUCCGAGCGAAGUCCCGCUGAGUCCGCCCUCUCUCAGUGCGAGAGCCGCCCUGGCUUCUGCUCCUGUCUCCUUGAAAUCAUUGCUUCGAGGGAUCUGGGUUGCCGCGAGGAUGUGCGUCUCCUUGCAUCGGUUUACUUCAAGAACAGUAUUAAUCGAUACUGGAGGAAUCGGCGCGAUUCAGUAGGAAUUACCAAUGAUGAGAAGACCCAUCUACGCAAAAAAUUGCUGUUACAUUUAAGGGAAGAAAAUUCACAGAUAGCAAUGCAAUUAGCAGUACUUGUCUCAAAAAUUGCACGCAUUGAUUAUCCGAAGGAAUGGCCAGAACUUUUUACGUCUCUGGCACACCAGCUGCAAUCGUCAGAUAUACUUGCUUCUCAGAGGAUUUUCAUGGUACUUUUUCGAACUCUGAAGGAAUUAUCAACAAAGCGUCUCACUGCGGACCAGAGGAUUUUCUCAGAGAUAGCUUCAAACUUGUUUGAAUAUACAUGGAACCUCUGGCAGAGUGAUGCACAAACAAUACUUCAAAGUUUUUCCAACUUAUCCCAAGGUAUUAGUGUCAAUUCUACGGCGGAACAUCAAAACAUUCUUCUUUUAACGUGUGAAAGAUGGUUGCUAUGUUCAAAGAUUAUUCGACAACUGAUUGUUUGUGGGCAUCCUAGUGAUGUCACAUCUGCACAGGAAGUGCGGCAGGUCAAGGAAGUCUGUCCGGUGCUCUUGAAUGCAAUCCAAUCAUUUCUUCCAUACUAUGCUACAUUUCUGGAAGGUCAACAAAAACUAUGGGAUUUUACAAGGAGAUCAUGCGUUAAAUUGAUGAAGAUUCUUAUCUCUAUACAAUUGAGACAUCCUUACUCAUUUGGUGACAAUCAUGUCCUACCAGCUGUCCUUGACUUCUGCUUGAACAAGAUUACCAAUCUGGAACCCACAACAUUAUCAUUUGAACAGUUUCUGAUUCAAUGCAUGGUCCUGGUCAAGUCUAUCUUACAGUGUAAAGAGUACAGACCACAACUCACUGGCUGUGUGAUUAAUGAGAGUGGGGAGUCCUUGGAACAAAGAAAGAAAAGUUCAACAAUGGCGGUCAUUGAUAUACUUAGAACUGUCUUGCCCAAUGAGCGUGUCAUGUUUUUGUGCAACAUUUUAGUGAGGAGGUUUUUUGUUUACACCGCAAAAGAUCUGGAUGAAUGGUACCAAAACCCUGAAUCUUUUCACCAUGAACAAGACAUGAUUCAGUGGACAGAAAAACUUAGGCCAUGUGCUGAAGCUCUAUACAUUGUUUUGUUCGAAAAUAAUAGAGAUUUGCUUGCUCCUGUUGUGGUUUCAAUGCUUCAUGAAGCGAUGAGUGGUUCCCCUCCUUCUCAAGUUGACAUUACUCCAGAGAUGCUUUUAAAAGAUGCUGCGUAUACUGCAGCUGGGCACGUAUAUUAUGAGCUUUCAAACUUCCUCAACUUCACAGAAUGGUUUAAAACAACUUUGUCUGUAGAGCUCUCAAAUGACCAUCCAAAUAUGCGGAUUAUUCAUCGAAAAAUUGCUGUGAUACUUGGGCAGUGGGUUUCUGAGAUCAAAGGGGAUACUGGAAAGCUUGUCUAUCAUUCUUUGAUUCGAUUGCUUCAAGACAAUGAUAUUGCUGUUAGACUGGCUGCAUGCCGAUCUUUAUGCUAUCUUGUUCAAGAUUCUAACUUCUCUGAGCAAGACUUUUUUGAACUCCUGCCUACUUGUUGGGGUUUGUGUUUCAAGUUGGUGGAGAAUGCUCAGGAAUUUGACUCAAAGGUCCAAGUGUUGAAUUUAAUCUCUGUACUGAUCGAACAUGUUGGUGACAAAAUCAUACCAUUUGCAAGUCAGUUAUCAGAAUUUUUUCAUAAGAUGUGGGAGGAAUCUGUUGGUGAAAGUUUGUUACAAAUUCAACUUCUAGCAGCUCUUCGAAAUUUUGUCUGUUCUCUUGGUUAUCAAUCACCUGUAUGUUAUAAUGUUCUUUUGCCCAUUCUACAAAGGGGUAUUGAUGUAAAUAACCCUGAUGCACUCAAUCUUCUGGAAGACAGUGUACUGCUAUGGGAAUCCACACUCUCUCAUGCUUCUUCAGUUGUGCCUCAACUUCUGGACUUUUUCCCAUAUCUGGUGGCAAUCCUUGAAAGAAGCUUCGAUCAUUUGGAGGUGGGCGUCAGUAUCAUCGAGGGCUACAUAAUUUUUGGUGGCCCUGAGUUCCUCAACAGGCAUGCUUCCAGUUUGGUCAAACUUCUCGAUGGUAUUGUUGGAAAUGUCAAUGACAAAGGACUUCUUUCAUUAUUUCCUGUCAUUGAUAUUCUUAUUCAGUGCUUUCUGGAGGUUCCUCCUUUAAUUUCUGGGGUAUUACAGAAACUCUUUGUCAUAUGCUUAACUGGUGAAGAUAACCAUAAUCCUUCCAAGACAACUGUCCGUACAGCUUGUGGUGCUAUUCUGGCGAGGUUGCUGGUUAUGAAUACAAACUACCUUGCUCAUUUAGCAUCAGAAACAUCUCUUGCUUUGGUUCUUCAACAGGCUGGACUUUCCACCAACCAAAAUAUUCUUCUAUGUUUGGUUGAUAUGUGGCUUGAUAAGAUGGACAAUUGUACAAAUAUACAGAGAAAAACCUAUGCUUUGGCAUUGGCUGUCAUUUUGACCUUGAGAUUACCUGAAGUUAUGGAUAAGCUUGAUGAUAUCUUAAGCGUUUGUACCAGUGUCAUAUUGGGAGGAGGUGAAGAAGUAGUUGAUGAAGAUUCCAGCAGUGAUACUACUAGCUCUUCGGCUCCCUGUAGUGAGACGUUUGGAUAUGGUGCUGUCCAGAGCAAGGAAUUCAGGAGGAAACAAAUUAAGGAUUCAGACCCCAUCAAGCGGUUGUCUUUGGAAGAUGUCCUCAGAGAAAACCUUAAAACAUGUGCUGCUAUACACGGUGAAGGAUCUUUUAAUGCUGCUGUUAGCAGGAUCCACCCAUCAGCAUUUGCCCAGUUGCAACAGGCCUUAAAGAUGUCUUGAAGAAAAUUUAAUACCUGCACCCUAUUCAGAUUGCUGCAUUUGGUUUAUUUGUUGUCGUCCGCCUCAUUUGCAUAGUGUGUGUUAGUUCCAGAUUUUUUUAUGACUGGAGCUUUGAUUUCUUUUCCAAAGUUGUUCUCUUCCUACAUACAGGGUCGAGCUGUAUAGUGUGGAAAUAUCUCAUAUAGUGUGAAGAAAGAUUGAGGGUAUGUUGUGUGAAAUGCAUCAUAUUAUAAAGAAUAGACAUAUUUAAAAGAUUUGGACUUGGCAGUCAUAAUUCCCCCAUUCAUUCAUUUGCCUACAUGACCGGAUGCCUUGGUGAAUUAGAAUUAGAUUGGAUUCUUUGUAUGAAGAAGCAGGGAUUUUUUAUAUAAAAAAAUUUUUUCAAAAAAACUUAUCCUGCUUUUGUUGAUCAAGAAUGUUUUGUAACGAGCUUAUACUGUACGAGUUUAUACAUUUUUUUUAUUUUUUUAAAUUGUUUAGCAGUGUUUGUUGGAGCAGCAAGCGUCACACUUAAAUGUUGUUUGCGUGAAACUUGGAGAACAUAUAGCAUUUCACUGAAGAUUGUGAUGGGGCAAGAAUCUAAAGCGCAGGUUUCACUUGUAUCUGUACCUACUGAGAAUUCUGGACCUUUGAGUCUUGCAAUUAAUGCAAGUUUGUACA